AUGACGGUCAACGGCACAGAAGGUAGCACUUUUAUCCGCUCGGCGACGGCUCAGGGCCUCGCCGGAAUUUGUACUUGGGCCGCUCUUCUCAUCACCAGUCAUCAGGUUUUUUUUUAUGAGAAAGAAGGUUUUAUCAACUUUCUGAACUCUAGCUCAAAAUGAAAAAAUAAUGAAAAAGGAUAGGCGAAUAAAGAGAAAAAAAAAAGUUGAAAAAAAAUGAAGUUAGCCAUCUGGCUUGUAGUCAAUGUUUCUGACUAGUUGAAAAAGGAAGAGUUGCAAAAAUCUGGGAAAUUCACCGACUCAAAAACUCCUAAACAUCAAAAAUAAAUCAAACUUUAUUUAUUUCAAGAGCGACACUUAGUGGAAAGGGAUUCUCAAAGAAAAAACUGUUUAUAGUUACUCAUCAGAAAAGUUUCAGAUUUACCAACAUCUUCGCUGGUACUCGUGUCCGGCAGAACAACGCUGGAUUGUUCGUAUUCUCUUCAUAGUGCCUAUCUACGCGUUUGAUUCCUGGCUUAGCUUGAUCUUCUUCUCCGACAACGUCUACAUUUAUUUCAACUCGAUUCGCGAUUGCUAUGAAGGUUUUUUUCUUUUUCGAAUAAUCUUGGCUCAGGGAGAUGCUUGAAAUUCUAAUGAGUCCGGCCGUCGCUAUCCUCGGAUUGCAUGAAAAAAUUGGUUUCUUUCAGCGUUUGUGAUCUACUCAUUCCUCUCGCUAUGUUACGAAUACCUUGGUGGCGAAAGUAACAUCAUGGCGGAGAUCCGCGGAAAGCCAAUUAGGUGGGAACGAUUUCAUUUUAUUUCAAAAAAAAAAAAAAAUGGAAUGAUUGCAGACCGACGAACUACUUCACUUGCACUUGUUGUUUGGCUGGGAAGCAGUACACAAUUGAAUUCCUCCGUUUCUGCAAACAGGUGGAUAAGAACGCUUCUUAGAAAAUGAGUCAGUUUAAAAUUCAUAGGCUACGUUGCAAUUCUGUUUCAUCAAACCGAUUAUGGCAGUCAUCACUCUGAUGCUGACAGCUGUUGGAAAGUACGAGGACGGUAACUGGAGGUUCAUUGAAGAUAUGAAAGCAGUUUUGAUGAGCGAACUUCUUUUUCAGUUUGGACCAAGGCUACAUCUACAUCACCCUGGUCUAUAACGUUUCAAUUUCACUCGCACUCUAUGGAAUGUUCCUAUUCUACGCUGCCACUCGUGACCUUCUCAGCCCCUAUCGUCCCGUCCUUAAGUUCCUCACCGUGAAGAGUGUCAUCUUCUUGUCCUUUUGGCAAGGUGAAGAGUGAAUGAACUUCAAUCAAUACCAGUUUUCUCUUCAGGAUUUUUGAUUGCGGUCCUUGGUGCGACUUCGGUGAUCGAUCCGGUAAGAAACGCAGAGGGCGAAGAAAUAAUCGGCCGCGGAACCGUUGCCGCUGGAUGGCAAAACUUUUUCAUCUGCAUCGAAAUGCUUUUUGCAGCGAUUGCUCUUCGUUUUGCCUUCAGCGUUUCGGCCUAUGCUGAUGCUCACAAUGGUACAAAACAUUGAAUGUUUUUCAUAUAACAAGUUUACAGUGAACCAUUCAAAUGACGGUCGCCCGGUGACACUUCAAUCAAUUAGCAGCUCAUUGAAAGAGACGAUGAACCCAAAGGACAUUAUGCAGGAUGCCAUUCAUAAUUUCCAUCCGCAGUAUCAACAAUACACCCAGGUAUUUCACUAUUGAAAAUAACAGAUUUUAAUAAGAAAUAUUUUCAGCAUUCCAAUCCUCAACGAUCGGUCAGUGGUUUGAGUUCAGGUUAUUUACGCUUUCCCCCAAUGUUCCGUAAAUGUUAACCUAAUUAAUCAGGUGCACGAGAACUGGAACAGAACUGAUUUCUCCUUACUAUCCUCUUGGAAUGCUUGCAUGAAACGUUCCUGUUAGGAGUUUUUGUGAAGUUUUGAACGAACAUUUCUCGUUUGUUUGGUAUUUGGUGGAACAACGGUGGAGGCGCUGGAAAAGCCUUCGUGAAGCUGAGAGUCUUCAGGGGGAAGCUCCAUCGACCUCGGAGAGCUCAGCGACUCCGACUGCUUCAGCAAUGAACUUUUCUCAGUCGGACGAAGCCCGAGGCUUCAGCAGAGUUCCUGGCCUCGAAGCCGUGUCCACAGCGGCUACGGAUCCGUGGCGCUCCACGCCGCGCCUCCAAAAGUCCGACUACAACCCGUUACUCUAAGCGAAGACGUCCUUCUCCCUUUUCCUAUUAGAUAAGAGUGUGCUGUGCUUGUAUACCGGUAAGCAUUUUUUAGAUAUGCUUGCUCGGAUCUGUUCAAAAAGUGGGAAUUUGGAAGUAAGCUAUUGUUCUUAUAACUUGAAUAUGUGCGGUCUUAUAGCUGAUUCACGGCCAGCUUGGGACGCUAAGAGGGCGUGUCCUGUCUGGGCACUCCACGAGCCAGGGGCUAUCUCGUGCAUUAUCGUGUCAGGACCCUUUUUUCGAUGGCUCAAGCCAGCCGUCAAUCAGCUAUAUAUGUAGUUUCGUGACUUUUUUUUUGAAGGCAAAGAGUUGGAAAAAGUUUAAAUUCGGAAAUCGUGACGUUUUCGUUUUUUCUAAGAUUAUCUGUCUUUCUUUAUUUCGAAUAUUCAUGGAAUUUUUUUUUGAAUGAAUGAAUUAAUUUCGAAAGUCGCUGGAACGGAAGUAAGGAAAACAAUUAAAAAUGUCGAAAAAUAGUAGCAAUUUUUUUAAAUAUUUAGGAAUGAAUUUUCAAAACGUCACGGUCUGAAAAACGUAUAUGAUGAAUUUUUUCAAGUGCAUGUCAAUGGAAAUGAGUUGUUUUUCUUCAAGUUUUAAUGGUAUUAUCUCUGUUCAAGCUUUUCUUCUCUUCAUUUUUCUCUUUUUAUUUUUGUUUUCUGUCCUCUUAGCUUCUUCUGGCCCUGGGAUAUUUGAGCUUCUUUAUGUUGAAUUAUGGGUGGAUUAAAACACAAAUUGCUAUCAAAUUUAUCGGGUUGCAGGCGGCAGGAACUAGUUCGAGCACUGAAGAGCAGCGAGUGACGACUAGCGGCUCGACGGCCAACUAUUCGACGAUGGCCGCGACGGGUCACGAUGUCUCCACUCCCACGACUUCUUCUAUGCCUCCGACCGGCAACCUGCUUGACGCUUAA